AAAUAAUUGCAAGGGGGCAUUGGUGCAAUGGAUUGGGACAAGCUGCAUGGGGAAGCCAGGUGGGUGACAUCAGUGUUAAGAAAGCAGUGUUGAGGUAACGGCUGCUGUGCCUUACAGGAGAUAGGAGGGGGACUCCGCUGACGUCCUCUGAAUCUCCCUCAAGGAGAAACACGCAUAUCGACAAAAACAAGUAGGGCGCUUUGAAUCGACGCUGCUUGCUUUCGUGGAAAUGUGUUUUGACGUUUUGCUGCCUACAUCCAGCAUUCAGACAGGCGCGUGCGUUAUAAAAUCCUCGAUGCAUUCUUUUCCCAUCAUCCAUGUUUCCGGACCUACACCCAUAACAACAACCUCAUCAUCCUCACCACAGUGAAGGUGAUGAAGCUGGUGGGGAGAUGGUCAGAACCGAGAGACUAUUUGAGAAGAUAUGCAUGCACUUGAUGUGUGAAGGGCAAGGAGGAGACGGAGAGUGCGGGUGGGUAAUGUGGCGUUAUUCAUGCGAUUUCGCCCAGGCUGCUGCUCUCGAGCAAACGUAUCGGGACCAGCGGCGGAUGGGGUGACUUACCCGAGGGCCGCCCGCCAAUCCUGAAGCCCGGGGUGCCUCCGUGGGGCUCGAGGGACGGAGGAAAGAUGCAGGAGGCGACGGCUGAUGGAGAGGAGCCCAUUCCCAACAGAGCUGGGAGGGAAGAGCAGCAUCCGGUGAAGCAGUCCUUGGCUGCCUCUCUGUGCCGCGAGUCUCACUGGAAGUGUCUUCUCCUCACUCUGCUCAUGUUUGGCUGUUUUGGCACACUGGCCUGGUGCAAGCUGUACAAAGUUCCAGUGCUAGCUCCAACAGAGCCUGAGGCUGCGGUUGUGGAGCCCAGAGACCCCUCUACGACCUCAGCAAUCUCCGAUGUCUACAUCCCCCUAGAAGUGGAUCUGGAUAGUCCCUGUUCCAGCGGCUACAUUUAUAUUCCUCUCGCUUUCCUGGCAAUGCUGUACGUGGUCUACCUGGUGGAAUGCUGGCACUGCUAUUCCAAGACGGCCAUGUUGGCUCAAGCAGAGGUUGCGGAGGUUUAUGAGCGUGUGCAAAGGCUGCAGCAAGCAACGCCGUGCAUCUGGUGGAAGGCCAUCAGUUACCACUACGUGCGACGAACAAGACAGGUAACACGCUACCGCAACGGGGAUGCCUAUACCACUACGCAAGUGUAUCAUGAGCGUGUAAACACGCAUGCCGCCAGCUCAGAGUUUGACUAUGCGAGGUAUGGCGCCAAAGACGUUUCGAAGGAACUUAGAGGCCUGAUGGAUUACCCAGCGGUACGGCUGCGAUUCACCAAAUGCUUUAGUUUUGCCAGUGCCCGAGCAGAGGCUGCCUACCUCUUCCAGCGCGCACGGUUUUUCGGUGAAAAUGAAGGGCUUGAUGAUUACAUGGAGGCACGUGAGGGAAUGCAUUUGAAGAAUGUGGACUUCCGUGAGCACAUCCUUGCUUUUCCGGACCCGACCAGACAGCCCUGGUACGCCAGGUGUAAAGUUUUCUGGCUGGCCUCGGCUCUACUCUUGUCCUGGCCGCUUCGAGUCAUUGCAGAGUAUCGCACUGCGUAUGUGCAUUACCAUGUAGAGAAACUGUUUGGCGAUGCUGAUGAUAGGGGUGACGUAACUGAGAAUAGUGGGGGCAACGAGAAUGGAAGUGGGCCUGGACCUGGUACCGGAUCAAGCUAUCGUGCCAUUUCACGUGUCAAUACAGUGGACAUGACUGAGCUGGAGUGGCACAUUCGCUGCAACCAACAAAUGGUGCCUAGCUACUCUGAGGCCCUGUUGAUGGAUCCUGGUUCAGGGGGUAACCAAAGUACUUACGCUCCUCCAGCCGGGCAGGGAACUAACUCAACAACGGGUGGCCCAACUCUUCCAGUGGCCUUCGCUUCAGCAUACUUGCUCCAGAACUGUCCUCGUUGUCGGCGCACCACAAGCAGUGCUUCCUUGCCAUCCCGGUUGAGAGGCCCAACUGCAGCCCUUCUGAGUGGAACCAUGGCUGGGAUGAGAGCUAGUGGAUCAGGAGGUGGUCCUGGAGGCCCGGGACGGCUGGUUCUGAGCAGAAGUGGCUUCUCAUUGGGGCGUCUCCAGGCUCCUCGGCCGUCAUCCCUCUUCCACUCCCGAAGUGUCGGUGCAGGAUUAGCAACAAGAGGAGAAGAGACAAGUGGGGGAGGUGGUUUCUUAGGUUUGGGAGCUAGACAAGAUGAAGAGAGCAGAAGAGUGCUGGGGGAAGAGGGGGAUGAGGAUGACGAGGUGCCAAAUGUGGUAGAAAGAGAAGAAGAAGAAGAAGAUGAGAGAGACGGGGAGGAAAGAGAGCAACAGGAGGAUGCAGAACAGGAGGAAGCAAGGGAAGGAGACAGACCUCCUACAUAUCAGGAUGCCUUUUUCUUCCCUGUGUUGAUUGUGCAUGGAGAGGAGAGUUGCCAUUCAGGUGAGGACAUUUCCUGAAGAGCUCCCAUCAAAAACCGUUUUGAGGUUGCAGGGAUAAUAUAGACGAUUAGAAAAGUCAUGGCCAAAUAGAAUGUGAAGGAAGCGAUUUGUGAAUUGAGCUCCAUUCCCCUUGGUCACUGUUGCUAACUCAGACAAACUUUACAGAAUAUACCAUAGGAAUCAACUAGGGAUAUACAUUCACAAUGAGUUUUUACAUUGUAAUGCAUGCAUAUAAUUAAUGAGUACAAAAAAAAAACUGAUGAGAAUCCUGACCACGGAAAACUGAAAAGACAAAUAAUUUUUAAAAGAUGAAUCAAUAUAUAUUUGGUUAAACUUGUAUCAACUCUAUGUACUUUGUGGAACAGUCAACAGUGUUUUACCAUAAUAUAAGUAAAAUUGCAUUUAAAGUAUCCAAUCUCUCAGCUCCAUCAGAGACUUUCAUUAAAAGUGCAUGUCUGAGAAAACAAUGAAAGGCAACAGUUGCUAAGUGGGUUUGGUCAGUUAAUUUUUUAUGGCAGCACUUAGGGAAUGAUCAGUUGGUUCAGUUUAAUACUGAGGCAAAAAUCGACCAAACAAUGACUGAUGUUAAUAUAAACUUAUCUAUGCAAUAAAGAAACCGCAAGAGAGUGUUUGUAAAAAUGUAAAGGGAUGCACAACAAAAGAAGAACCUUCAAUAAACUGCACCUCCUCUGGUCAUGGAGCAAAGGACAAGACUAUUGGAAAGUCUUCCAAAGAUCAUGAAGAGAACAGAACAGUUCAGUUCAUCAAGAGGAAUGUUAUUAAUCUAUACACAUAGCCAACAUAAAGCUGUGUCCCACAAGUCAAAAAUAAGUUUUGUUUUACUUAAAGAAAAAAGAAAAGAGGAACCUCAUUAACUUGCACAAAAAUGUUGGGAUUCAUCUUCUUGAAACAUUUCAUUGUAACUAUUUGUUCAGUUGUUCUUUUUCAAACAUUUCCCUCACUGCAUCUACUGUUCUUAUGAAAUGGAUCUUUGAUAGAACUAAUGGAUUCCAUUAUUACUGAAAGGAAUAUAAUCCUAUUAAGCUAUUUUCUUGCAGCUUCGCUGAGAGUAUUUUCUUUCUGCAGGCUUGCAAGUCCCAGUAACACAUUUUUGGUUUGCUUAUCAGAAAAAUAAGUUUGUGGAGAUGUUUUCUCAGAAGAAAAAUCUUGCUUUUGUGGGCUGCUGUAAUCCUUUUUUGUUCACUGUAUGUAUUUUGUAUUUAUUGUUUGUCAAUAAUUGUUUAUUUGUACAUCAUAUCACCAAUUUGCCUCGUGAAGAGCUUGACACAGAAGAGCACCUCACAGACAUAAAUAAUGGUACAGCAUGUUGUCCUCCAUCGUAGCCUCUGUGCUCGUCUUUUAUUGGCUGAAGUGUCAUGUGAAUAAAUAGGCCAGUCGUAGAUGAGACUGCUUAGUGUGCCAAGAUACAUCCAUCUCCUGGUAACUGUGGAUCCUCGUGAGACAUCUUAGUAGUGAGUUCACUGCAGCAUACACAUGUGAAUGUUUAAUAUCUGGAAAAUGUGUAAAAAUGCAAAUCUUCCUACUUGUGUUAUGCUGUCAAGCUUCAAAUAUAAUCUGCAAAUACACUUUGGAAGCAGAAAUGCACAUGCUUAGUCCUACCAUAAGUCUACAGCAUGCAGACAUGCUCUCUCAUGUAUCCUUUAGCAGGUCACAUAGAUGUUGCAAUAGUACUGCAAAUAAUUUAAAACACCUUUGAUUAAGAAAAAGAAAAUGUUCUUGCAAUACUGUCCAAAUGUUCUGUCACAACGUGAAUGUUGAUCUAACAGUGUUGUGGUGUCUAUUUAAAUCACAAUGAGAAUGUAAAGUAUGUCAUCCGUGUUUGACAGUGCAGUGUGUUUCAUCCAUUCGCCUCUUGUUGAUACCCAGAAGGUGGAAACCUGGAUUCCCGGAAUACUUGAAUUUCUAGAAAUUGGAAUUUUUCAAUUUGAUGCACAACUGUCUUCUAGAGAUGGAUGACGAGAGUUUUUAUUUUGUAUUAUUAUUAUAAUUUGCAGAAGGUUCAGGCAGUCUUGAAAUCAACUGUCUGUAUGUUUGGCAUGUGUGUGUUUCCAACUACCCUUUUGAGACUUACAUAAGAAACCUUUAAUAUUCAAUGGUAGCAUCAAAAAGCAAUACUUUACUUUUUGUGACAAUGACAUUUCAGAUGUAGCUAAAUUCACUGAGAUGUUUGCAGGAGCUUUACAUUUGUCCCUCCCCAAAAUGACUAGGUUGUUAGCAAACAAAAUAUUGCUGUUAUGCCUCAAACAGGUUUGCCUGAAUUAUUUUUUACAGUGGAUUGGCUCGGAGUUAUGAAAGCAAGUGUGUGUUUUGGAGCCUGUGGGCAGACUGAAAAAAAUAAAAAUAAGGAUCAUGAUAAACGUAAUACUGAUGGAACAUAAUAAACUGCUUAAUUUUAAA